GCCAAUGUAGGCCACAAGAAUAUGCAGUGAUCCAGUCAAAAUAUGACAAAAUAGACGUCAACUAACUACUUCCUGCAAGGGGUGGAAGUAUAAAACUCUGGGAAUAAUGGAGUGGUUUCUAAUAUUUACAAUUUUCUUUGUGGAUAUGACAAUGUACGUUCUAUCAAAGAACUGUACAAUUUCAACUGCAACUGUUCAGUAUGUAAGUGCUUGCCCAAAAGAUGAACUGACCUGGAAAAAAGCUGCCAAAACAAAGGACUGUGAAAGUCUCGCAAACUUUGCUGUAUCAAAAGGAUGCGUUAAUAACCCUUCCGAUUUUGUGUAUCAUUGUGUUAUCAAUCAUUGGAGAAAUGCGACACUUGAAGUCUGCGCUCCAACGCGAUACAUGCAAUCUUUCUGCGUUGAUUUCGACACUGAAUUAGCCAGAAUUACAGAAAAUUAUAAGGCAAACUGCAGUCUUUUUAAACCACCUUGUCCAUCCAGAUAUAUUUCAACAGAUGCCUACAAAUAUCAAAAUUGUUAUGACAUCGUUAAAUACAGAACAACGGUCACCACUGAUGUCACAACAAAGACGACUACAGCUGUGACAGCAAUUCAUCAAAUGCCGACAAAAGAUGAACCUUUUCAAGCUUAUGUUGUACUAAUCGGAGCUGCCCUUAUUGUCUGUGUCGUGUUCAUUCUUGCAGCAAUACUGGUCUUAGUGUUCUACUGUAGGAUACAAAAACUGAAGAAACGGAUUCACGAUUUAAGUGAAGGUUCAAAAGAUGGUAGUGAAUUGAAAAUAUUGAUUGAUGGGAACCUUGAUUUUGAAAACCAAGGUGGUAAGGAUGACACUUUUCAACAAGGCAUACAAGGGGAUAAGUAAGUAAUUUAAAAACUGGAGUGUUAGUCAGUGUAAC